UUCUCCUACAGCUUACCCCUCCAUGCGUCGAAAGACAUAGCGUCGCGUAUACUCCAUCAAUCAACGUGAUUCAAAUUGGGAACGGUAGCUCAGAUUACGAGCUACAACAUAUCCGAGGUUCGUGACAUUCCAACUGUUCGUUUUCCGUCGACAACGUCUCUUCAGAAGGCGAUUUUUCUGUCCAGAAUUCCGGAUUUCUAUUUUGAGUAAUUCUAGCUCCUAAUUUCACCUAGACUCCGUCCUUAAUUCUAACAAGUUGGAUCAGAGCGAUAUUGACGACAUUGAGAGGAGUCUACAGAAGUGUGAAGACCCUUCUAGACUCACCAUGGCCUGUGGGUGUGCCCAAGUGGUAUUCAAAAGGUUGGAUGAAACUUCCGCUAAGGGGAAACUCAGCCGGAAUUUCGUGAACGCAAACAUCUUGUGAAAAUAUCAAGGGAGCUGAGUCCGGAUAGGAAAGGGGAGCUGAAAUUCGUCAUUUCUCAAGGAGAAGAUGAAUGAGAGAGGAGGAGAUGCUAAUGGAAGAGGAGCUGUACCUGAGAAGACAAAUGAGCCGCCACCAUCCAAAGUUGAAGCUUUGGAUGGCUCCAACUAUGAGGAAUGGAGUGGGCGGAUGAGGAGUGCCUUCAAACGCUACAAGCUACUGAAGUUUGCUGCUGGGGAGGAGAAGAUGUCGGAGGAAGGGGAAGCACGCGAACGGUGGAUUGAGUAAAGCGCGGUGCUUUUUGACCUCAUCCUUCAAUCGGUCAACAAGGAGAUGUUCGAACACAUCAAGGAUCUUGUGGAAGCGGAUGAUUCGGGUCCAAGGGCGUGGAAACUACUACGCGAUGUGAUUCAGCCCAACACUCUCCCGAUGGUGAUCGUGCUCGAGAAGGAACUUGCUGCCAUCUCCAUGCGACUGGGGGAUGAUGUGAAGCCGGUCCUUUACAAGAUCAAGGACACCUAUGCAAGGAUGACAGCAGCGGGCAGCAGUGUAUCUCAGCUGCAGCAGUGCACCAAGAUCAUCUCGGUAUUGGACAACUCUUGGGACAACCUUAUCCCCACCCUCAACUCUCAGCAAGAUCAAUGGACACCUGAGUGGCUAAGGCAGCAGGUUCUGCAGGACUUCCGCAGACGCCAUGUGGGAGGCGAUGCUUCCACUAGGACUGCCGAGGGAUAUGGAGCUGCAGGGCGCGGCAGAGGAAGAGGGGGUUGGAGAGGCAGAGGCCGUGGGAGGAGCUUUGGCAGAGGUAGAGGCCGAGGUGACUAUAAUGAGGGGCAUGGGAGCUCUGGUGGCAGGGGGAGUACCGGAAUGGAGGGCACCUGCUGGUACUGCAAGAAGGUUUGGCACCCUUGGUUCAAAUGCUUCAGCAGGCCAAAGGGAUGGGCACCUCCAGGCAUGAAGCCGCCCAGUGGUGAACGUGCACAAGGUGGCGCUGUGCAAGGCUCAGGUGCACAAGGUGAAGGUGCACAAGGUAAUGCCUAUCUCGGGAUGCUUCUCAUGGUUGAUGAUGUGCAUGGGCAUGAGGGUGAUGUGGGAUCUUUGGGAAAGGUUGUGAUGCACCCUCUCACGCACUGGGUGAUUGAUUCAGGUUGCACCAGUCACAUGACCCCACAGGCACAUUUGCUUGAUGAGGUAGAACCCCCCGGGAAGAUUAAGUAUGUGGCAGCAGCGUCAGGUGCUUUGCUCCGUGUGAUUGGUGUUGGGAAUGCCAAGGUUAAGGGAGCUAAUGGGGAGCUUAAGGGUGCCAAUUGGGAGACAUGGCAUGAGAGGCUGUGUCAUGUGAACUUCCCUAUGCUGCAGAAGUUGGUGAAGGAUGGGAGCCUGAAAAGCUUGGAGGUCAAAGGUGGAGUGAAGGAGAUUGGGAGCUGCCCUACAUGCUUGGAGACCAAGUUCUCCAAGUUCCCCUUCAACAGCAGUACAGGACCAGCCAAGACCCCACUUGCACUUGACAUUCCAACUGUUAGUUUUCUGUCGACGACGUCUCUUCAGAAGGCGAUUUUUCUGUCCAGAAUUCCGGAUUUCUAUUUUGAGUAAUUCUAGCUCCUAAGUUCACCU